GUGGUGUUAGCACGUCCAUUUAUAUGAAAUAUCGAAGGCGUCCCAACUAACACCAAAUCUCAAUCAACACCAAAUUACCUUAUAAAUUAUAUUUGUGAUUAUUUCCUUCAUUUAGAAAUUGGGCUCAAUGCGAACCAGUAGCGUUCACUCAACAAAGCGAUGACAUAUUUAAAUUUGCAGCACAACACUCCUCAUCGGUUCAAUCAUAUUUUGCUGUUCCACAUAAUACUCCACUAGGAAAAUUUCAUGGCAAAAAUGCUGUUAAAAUAUGGAUGUUCAUUCGGCAUGGAAGCCGAUCAGCAAAAGAAAAGGAAACCGACCUAUUCAAGAAAUUACCCACCAUUCGUAAUAAAAUGGUUGAGAAAAUAUCCAAUAGCAAAGAAAAAUGUCCAUUAUCAAAACAGAAUUGGGAGAAUUUGAAGAAAUGGCAAUGGAAUGCUACCUACGAUCAAGAUCGAAUGUUGACUAAAAAUGGUAAAAAAGAGCUUCAGACUGUCGCCCGAAAUUAUAAAGAAAGAUUCCAGCAUCUUUUCAAAGGCCCUUAUGACAAAGAUCAUUUCAAUGUAUUGUGCGCCAAUACGCCACGUACCAUAGAGAGUUCUAGUGUAUUUUUGGACUCAAUAAUAGGCGAAGCAGCGCGUAAAGCAAUUCAGAACGUGGCCGAUGACGAUGGCGAAGAUAUAAUUAAGGCUUAUAAAGAUGUCGAUUUUAAUGAUAAAAACAAGAAAAUCGACGACGAUCCAAACUCUGAAUCAAAUCGAUUUCUACGAUUGCCGGUGUACACAAAUAUAAUCAAACGAGUCAGUAAAGAGUUUUACUUUGAUGUUGAGGAUGAUAAAACCAAAGCGGAACGAGUCAAGAGCAUGUACGAUUUAUGUCGAUAUGAACAGUCUUGGGAUAUUGAUGGGAAAAGUGUCUGGUGUUCGAUAUUUUCGAAGAAAGAACUAGAGGUACUUGAGUAUUCAAAAGACUUGAAGGCUUUUUAUACGGAAGGCCCAUCUGGAAAUGAAUUGAAUUACAAUGUACAUUGUCUAUCCGUUAUCGAUAUGAUGAAACAUUUGAGUGUUCCCAGUGGGCCCAAAGUUACCGCAUACUUCAGCCAUUCACCUGCUCUAUUGUCGCAUCUCACCGCCAUGGGUGCAUAUAAACAGGAACCAAAACUUACAGCAAAUAACUAUGAAGCGAUGUCAAAGCGCAUAUGGAAAACAAGUACAUUUAGUCCGAUGGCAGCAAAUUUCGUUGGCGUCCUCUACAAUAACAAUACGGUUAAGUUCUUUUUAAAUGAAGAAGAAAUGCCCUUGCCAGGAUGCAAAAAUAAUUUAUGCGAUUUAGCUCAUCUUAAAAAGCAAUUUGAUCAUUGCAAACCACAACCAAAAAAACCAAAAAGAGUUAAACAACCUAAACAGAAAAAAUAAAAGACAAAAG